AUGCAGCAAGACCCGAACCCCAGACCCGCCACAGGGUAUCCAUACCCGUACCCUUACCCGAAUCAACAACCCCCCGCAUCCGCCAACGGUUACCCUCCCAACGCCUACCCAUACCAAAACUACCACGCGCCUCACCCCGAUCCACGCGCCCUCCUAAUCCGCCGCCUCUUCAUAGCCCUGAUGGUCUCCAUCCUCUUCUUCGGCCUCAUCCUCUUCAUCUUCCUCCUCGUCGUCCGCCCCCAGCUCCCCACCGUCUACAUCACCUCCCUCUCCGUCUCCGACUUCAACGUCUCCAACAACCAGCUCACCGGAAGCUGGGACCUCCGCCUCCAGUUCCUAAACCCUAACUCCAAGAUGUCGCUCUACUACGACACCGUCCUCUGCGCCGUCUACUACGGCGACGAUUCCCUCUCCGAGACGCGGUUGCAGCCGUUCGACCAGGGGACCAAGGAUCAGACCCCGAUCAACGCGACGCUCUCCGUCUCCGGGACCUACGUGGAGGGAAAGCUGGCCGAUUCGAUCGGGAAAGAGAGAGCGGAGAAAGGAAGCGUGGAGUUCGAUUUGAGGAUGGUCUCUGUGGUUAGUUUCCGGUAUGGAGUGUACCGGAGGAGGAGGUACGUCAGGGUUUACUGUGAUGACGUGGCGGUUGGUGUUACGGGGAGUAGUAGUUCGGGGAAGAUGGUUGGGUCGGGGAAGAGAUGCAAUUCUUAUUGAGUUAUUUGGAAUCAAGAAUUACCUUUAGGGAUAUUUUUACAAUUUUAGGGUCUGGUUUUAACCAAUUCCUGCGGUUAUUGAAUGUAUAAAUCGACGAUGGUAUUGAAACAAAAGAAAUUUUCAGAUAAUGUCUUAUUUUGUUGAUGAUGAAUGAUUCUCUGUUUCAUUGUUAAAAGAUGAUUCUAUUUCUUAUCUUAA